AUGUACCCCCCCUGAUGGCUUCUCUCCUUCUCCCUCCUCGCUUCCCUUGCUCCCUGCCUUGCACUCGCUGCUCGACCAUCAGGAGUCAAUUACAUUACAAGCCAAGCAUCUUGGGAAAUAUUAUGGCUAAGCCUAAAACUAAAAUGAGGUCGCUCAACCGAAAUCUGAGUUCCAUGGCAAAAAAGAGUUCUCAAGAUGUUGCAGAAGGUUCCAGUAACGAAGAGAGUGACGACGACACAUCCACGACCAAGAAAAGAGCUCCAAAACGUGGAAGAAGGAAAACCACCACAGAAGCAUCAGAAGGAGAAACACAAGAAGGUCAAGUGGACGCUGAAGGUGAAUCUCCUGAAGGGUCUAAGAAAAUGAAAAGGAGAGGCCGCAAGAAAGCUGCAACUAAUGCAAGCUCAUCAGACGAGAAGGACAAGGCAAAAGAGUCAAAGAAGAGGGGCAGAAGAAAAGUUAAGACUGUAGAGGAAUUGAGUGAUAAUGAAGGAGAAGAUCAGAGUGAAGUUCUAGUGCUCUCCAAUGACAGUCAACAGCAAAUUUCAGCAAAUGAUCUAGAAAGUAAAAUAGCAUCAUUGCUAGUAGAAGAUACUGAUGAGAUUGACAGAUUAGUGCCUCUUGUGUGUUGCUUUGGGCCUGCUAAAUACUCAUUUAUUCCUUCUGGGAGACCUGCUAAUAGGCUGAUUAAUCAUGAAAUUCAUGAGGGAAUGAAAGACAUGUUUUGGUCUCCAGAUGAGUUUGUAAGGGCGCCAGGAGGAUCAUCAUCCAAUGUUGCUCUUGCUUUAGCAGCUACUGGUGGCCGGGUUGAAUUCAUGGGGAAACUAGGCGAUGAUGAGUAUGGCCAAAGUAUAUUAUAUCACUUGAACAUCAAUGGAGUUCAAACUCGGUCAGUUAAAAUGGACCCUUCAGCAUUGACAGCCAUGUCCCUGAUGAAGGUCACAGGCAGAGGUAGCUUGAAAAUGAGCUGUGCUAAACCUUGUGCGGAGGAUUCAUUUGUCCAAUCUGAUAUCAAUCCAACUGUUCUAAAAGAGGCUAAGAUGUUUUACUAUAAUUCUUCAGCUUUGCUUGAGCCCACUACGCAAUCAUCACUGUUGAAAGCAAUUGAGGUUUCCAAGAAAUUUGGUGGUGUAACUUUCUUUGAUCUUAAUCUUCCAUUGCCAUUAUGGUCGUCUAGUAAGGAAACCAAGUCACUUGUCAAGGAAGCAUGGGAAGCUGCUGAUAUUAUUGAAAUCACUAAGCAGGAACUCGAGUUCUUGUGUGGCAUUAAACCAUCUGAAAAGUUUGAUACAAAAGAUAAUGAUAAAUCCAAAUUUACACACUAUAGCCCAGAAGUUGUUAUGAAAUUGUGGCAUGAAAAUCUCCAGGUCCUUUUUGUGACAAAUGGCACCUCUAAGAUACAUUAUUACACAAAAGAGCACAAUGGCUGGGUUCGUGGCACAGAAGAUGCACCUAUUACUCCUUUUACCAGUGACAUGUCACAAUCAGGUGACGCCAUUGUUGCAGCUCUCAUGAAGAUGCUCACAAUUAACCCUCACCUGGUCACUGACAAGGUUUACUUGCAUGAUGCAAUUAAGCAUGCUAUUACUUGUGGUGUCAUUGACCAGUGGCUGCUUGCACGUGAACGAGGUUUCCUUCCCAGAGAACAAGCAGACCCAGCUAGCGAGCAGUAUGGAGUGAGAUUUGUCACAGAGAAGGAAUACCGUACAAUUCCUGAUUCCAUACAAUCAGAAGAUUCAUCACAGAGUGAGCUUUUAUAUGUGGAGUGAACAAUGCAAAUCCAGAGGCAAGCAAAUUCAGAGGCCUGUUAAUAUUGAUAGGGAAAAAAUACCUGGAUUUUCCUUUAAGCAUUAGUUAUGGGAACCUCUACUCUUAACUGGAGUUGGUAUUUAGAACUAGUUUUAACCUGCAGGCUCUAGGUUUUUGAACACAGGUUAAUAGCCUCAAGAUAAACUAACACAUUUGUAUUGUCAAAUUUUGUAUUAUGAUUUUGUCGUAAAUGUGCAUGAUUGGUGCCAGAAAUUUUCCCAGAACAGAUCAUUGCUAAUUACUUA